AUGACGCUACACGCCAUCCGGGAUUGUAUACAUGCAAAGAAAGUGUGGGACCUAUGCGUCCCAAAACGGUGGAGGAAACAUUUUUUCCUUACCCAAGACGUGAAGGAGUGGGUCAGGAAAAAUAUAACCAUUAAGGGUCGAUUGGAGGAUUUUGAGUGGAGACAGUGGUUCCCGAUCAUCUGCCACAACAUUUGGCUUGCACAUAACGACAGAGUCUUUCAAGGGUCCUUACCAAGCCACCAGGACACUCUAGUGCAAUCUCGCGCUUGUCUUGCAUGGAGUUCGCUAGUUCUUCAUGUCUCAAACACAGUUGCUAUGCCUUGCUGGGAGCCACCUGAUGAAGGGAAGGUUAAAUUCAACGUAGAUGGUUCACUUGACGUGACACAGAAUCUACGUGGAUGCAGUGGGCUUGCGAGGAACCAUGAGAGCAUGGUAUUAUGCGGCUUCCUGUAUCGAAUGCCCUCUGGAUCGAUCCUCUCAACAGAGAUUUGGAGUAUCCUAUGGGCCUUAAAGGUUGCUUGGGACCGAGGUUUCAGAAACUUGGAAAUUGAAGGAGAUUGUGUUGUGGCGGUAAACGUCGUGAUUGAGGGUGUUGGGGAGGAGCACCCAGACCUGUGCGUAGUGCAGGAAGCCCAAAUGAUGCUCAAACAAGACUGGAGAGUCAACUUGCUUGUAUGA